CAAGGUGUUGUCGCGAUUAUCGGACCGGCACGUUCUAAUGUUGUCAAAGCGGUCAACUAUAUUUGUUCCGGCUUGAAUCUACCUCAGAUCGCGUUUGCAGCUAGCGACCACUCCCUGUUCCUCAGCUAUCAACAAUACCCAUCCUUGCUACGUCUGAGUUCAUCUGGAGAUAGCCAGAGUGAUGCGAUUAUGGCGGUGAUGGAAUAUUUCAAAUGGAAUAAAGCAGUUAUGAUUACUUCCAGUGAUGAUUAUGGUGCGUUAAGUAAUAAGUAAUAUAUACAGCAUGACAAAUAGCAACAACAGCAACAAUUUAUUCAGUACAUAAUUACAGUAAUUAUACACUAUAAGAAAAUUAAGUUUGAACGGCACUGGCUCCCGAAAUAACUGAAAAGCUAAACGAGUCAUGGAGCCAUUGCAAUAAAAAAUAUGAAAUAUUACUUAUAUUUAUGUCUAGCAGACAGAUGAGUAUAACAAUCAUAAAAUAUAUAGAGAAUUUCUACCAUAAUAAUGACCGGGCUAUUUCAUUUGAUAUCCGCCUCCCUCAUCGAGAAACUUGGAUUUGCUCAGGGAUAAGGUGAUUUUUAGCUUUAAAAUUCUUCAGGUUAAGGUGAUUUUUAGGUCUGGAAUUCCUCUAAAACAAAUUUUACUAUGAAAUUCUUUAUGGGUUGGGUAUUUUAAAUGAGAUUUCCUCACUGAUUGAAUGUAAAAACUUAAAUUCGUCACUUGCUGAGUAUGGAUUAAUUGUUAUUUCACAUUUAAUAUCUUCCAGGUUCGAUGACCCUUCAACGUCUUCAACAUGCAUCCUUCGACCGCUCUACGAUCGAUAUUGUCAAAACUGAAUCAUUCCCUGCCUUAGACGAUCCCUCACUUAUUGACUUUACACGUCCUCUGUCAUCCCUGCGUGCCACCCAAGUACGCUUGGUGAUCCUCAACUGUCCUGGUAAAUAUGCCAGACAGUUGCUGUAUGUUGCUCAUCGUCUCCGUAUGUUGAGCAAGGACUGGGUCUGGAUCGUCAGUGAUGCCAUAGCAAUCCAGGUAUGGCGUAGUUGCCUGGCAAUUAUGGUAUGACGUAAUAGUAUGGCAACCAAUAUGUCAUGUGGUGGCAACCUAGAUGGACUUUCAGUAGUUCACAUUUAGCAACAUAUUCACUCACAACAGUUCUGUACAACAUCAGGUCACUUUAAGGUAGCCCCCAUCCAAGAACAUGUACUACCUCUGCAUGAUCUAACAAUACUUAACUCAGCAGUGAGUUCUGUACAACAUCAGGUCACUUUAAGGUAGCCCCCAUCCAAGAACAUGUACUACCUCUGCAUGAUCUAACAAUACUUAACUCAGCAGUGAGUUCUGUACAACAUCAGGUCACUUUAAGGUAGCCCCCAUCCAAGAACAUGUACUACCUCUGCAUGAUCUAACAAUACUUAACUCAGCAGUGAGUUCUGUACAACAUCGGAUCACUUUAAGGUCGCCCACAUUCAAGAACAUGUACUACCUCUGUAUGAUUUAACCAUGCUUUAAAAAAGACUUAUCGGUACUCACAUGAGUUCCAUAGAGCAAAAACCACGUUCAAGAACAUUUGCCGGGCAUUCAAAGGUCUUUUGCUUUUUUUUUCCAGAUGAAUCUCUUCGAUAUAGCAACAGAACAACCUGAUUACAUAGUGGGCCUCCUCAGCGUUGUGCCUUCAUCAACAAGAGCAAAGAAUAGGGGGUCAUUUGAAGCAAGGUUCUUGGCAAAUGGUGGACAAAAGCCAGUGAAUGUGAGAAUGUGAUAUUGUUAUUUGUCUUUGCCUGCAAGUAAAGUGGAUAGCUCUAUAUAUCUCUUUUCUGAACUGUUCUCCCUGUAAGAGGCAUAUUUUAUAUAUUGAUCCAGUAUUACUACAGGAGGAAACCUAAACUAAACUAACUUUGUUUAUGCUGGAUUGUCUUCCAUAGAGGUAUAAUAAGUUUAUAUAUAUGUCUAGUUUUAUUACAGAAGGAAACCGAAAUACCUGAAGAAAAUAUGUGGUGUUUGGUAUAGAGCUACACAGGAAAGACUCUUCUCACAUGUGACUGAAGUGAAAUUAUAGUCAGACAACUGUAUAUUGCAGAAAUUGAACCGCGGUUACAGAAGUAAAAUGCUGACUUUGAACAAAGCAUGUUUUGGUGGUUUAAACAAGCCUUGCAUUAUAUUGGUGUUUUGUUUUAGGUUUAUGCUUACAAGGUCUACGAUGCCGUAUGGACCGUGGCGAAGGCUUUACACAACAUGAAAGUCAAUAACGAGACACUCGCAGCACCUAAU